AUGAGAGCUUUGAGAGCCCACAAUCGCAACAAAAGAGAUGGAGAGUUACCUCAAGAAGGUGCUACUUUCUGCAUCUGUCAUAAAGCACCACAGCCCAACAUGCUCACCUGUUCCUUAUGCCUUGACCUUUUCCAUACUGGUUGUGUACCAUCGUCUCAUCGCAGUAAGGUAAAAUUGAGCAACGAGGGAAGGUUCUUGUGCCCAUCAUGUGAACGUUCCAGAAGACCCCGAUUGGAAACCAUUUUGUCACUUCUUGUAGCCCUCCAGAAAUUGCCAGUCAGAUUGCCAGAAGGGGAAGCUUUACAGUGCUUAACAGAAAGAGGAAUGUCCUGGCAAGACAGAGCAAGACAGUUAAUGAAAACAGAUGAAUUAACAGCUGCUCUUGGUAAGCUGUCUGUGUUCUCUCAAAAGCUUAUUGAGGCACAGGCAAAACAACACAAACCAGUAUCACCUCAAACACAAGAUGAUGAAAAAAUGGAAGUAGACGAGUCUACAAACGACGAUUCUCUUUUGAGUGAGGAUGGAGAGAAAGAAAAGGAUGGAAGAGGGGAAACAGAAGGAAAGAAUGAUGCAGACAAAGAGAAUAGUAAGAAAACUGAGGAAGGAAGUUGGGAGCAUGCCUAUUCCAGUAGCAAAGGUGGCAAAGAAAAAAAAUCAGAGAUUGACAAGGUUCGAUGGAGUCGCCUUGUGGCAAGUGUGAUGGAAAAUCACGACGGCCCCCUUAUUACUCUUACUUCUGCUACCCGAUCUCAAGUGCAGGACCUCUUAGUCGAGGGUGAGCUCUUAGAGGUGAAUCUUGAUGAGACUACACACCUGUGGAGAGUAUUACAGGCUGCCAACCAUCCACCUGCAAUGUUAGAAGAUACAUUAUUAUCUCUCAAUUCAACGGGUAAUAAUAACGAUGAGAACAAAACAAAGAAAUCAGCUCCAAAGAAAAGAAAGUCCCAAGGUGAAGGAAUGGAAGAUACACAACCAAAAUCUCCACACAAGUCUCCCCUUAAAAAGUCCAAGAUUUUAAAGGUUUCCUCUGGACCUACUGAUGGCAAACCAACAAAGGGGAUGAUUAAGAAGAAGCAGGCCCUUGUAAAGAAUAUGGAGAAGAAAAAGAAGGAAGGAAUUACCACCAGCAAAGAAGGUCCAAGGAAGAAGACUAUGGCUGGGGUCAAGAAGAAGAAAGUACACUCCAACUUACACAGUGAUGACGACGAUGAUGACUCAGAUGAAGCUUGUGCAGCAGAAAAGUGCCAACAUCCCACAGGACAAAACGUGGAUUGGGUGCAGUGUGAUGGGUGUGAGGGCUGGUUCCACUACAUUUGUGUUGGUUUGAAGGCAGGAGAUGUACUAGAAGAUGAAGACUAUAUGUGCUUGGCUUGCACCACCAAGCUACCUGCACCCAAGCCAGGGGAGUUGACGGAAGAGGAGAGUGUGGACAUCCUCCUCAGCCUUGCCACGAGCCUACCACCCAAGGAGUCAGAAGAACAGAAGUAACUCCUGCUUCACAGUGAUUCAAAGGGAAUGUCAAAGUUUUAGCUUGUGAUAAAGUGUUGUAUAGCCAAAACAGGAAGAGGAGGUUUAGGUAUCAUGGUUUCAUCUGGUUGUGGCUCUGAAGAGGAAGAAUAGAAGCGCUCACAUUCUCCCAGUAUUCAAAGACCUGGCUUAAUAUUUACAGUAUAGUUCCACCGAUAACAGAGCAUUCUGAUUUCUGUGACAGACAGACAACUGUAUUUUUGUGGUGUCAUCGUAUACGGAAAAUAGUUUUGCAUUCCUUUUGAAGGAGUCUUUUUGAAUAAAAGGAAUGUGUUUUUCUUAAUCAGAUUACACUUUGCUUCUCUUAGUAUUAUGAUUGCCUUUUUAUGGGGCAAAUAAGGAAAUUAAAAAGUAUUUAUAAGUCAUAAACUUUGCGUGUUAUUUUCAGCAAAUAUCUGUCAAUACCUGGUAACACUACUGUGUUUUGUAGACGACAGCUCUUACCAGAAAGAUGAUGUUUGUUCUUUACAGAUACCCCUCAUUUAGAGCUUAAGAUUUAUAUUCCUUUAUGAAGUAGCCAUGGCCAAGCAGAUAGAUCUGACACCCUCACUUUCUACAGGCAAGAGCUCGUAGGAGGCAUAAACACUCCUCUUAUAAGAAGGUUUGAUUACAAAGGCCUAGUUCUCAUGAACUCAAACCAUGGGAUUUGAAGUUGUAAAACACUCCUUUGGGUAGGUUAUCGCAUAUGAGUGGUUCUGUAUUGAAGAUUUUCAGAUUAUUUCUUGGCCAGAAGUCCUGUGUUAUCACAGCCCUAAUGCAAAUAGUUUUGUACAAAGCCCUGAUUAUUUAAUGGUAUCAUGCUGUAGAAUAUAUGCUGUAUCCUAUGCUGUCAGUAUGUGCAAUUGCAUAGAUUCUUUGGAUACUUCAAUUAUUCCUUAUCCUAUUCAAACUUUCCCUCAACGUACAAAGCUCUUGCGCCUCAAGUCCACUUCAGACAUUCGUUUGACAUUAUAGAUAAAAAGUUUAUUUUCAAAUAUUGUAGAAUUUACUUUCAAAAUUUAAGAAAUGCUUCUGUGUUUUGCAGGAUUUUGAUUUGCUGUUACAAUGAAUGGCUCAACUAGUCACUGUAUUUUUUUUUUUUUUUUCUUUUUUCUCUUUUCUCAAAAGAUGAAUUAAAUAGCUGACAGCUGUCCAAAUAGUGAAGCACCACCUGAGAUAAAAUACCAAAUAUGUAUCUAUUACUGUCGAGUUAUUACUGACCUGAUAUUAUAACAUCUAGUGCAAACUUCAUGAUUAUCCUUUUAUACAACAGAAAAAAAUAUAUAAAUGUAUAUAAAUCUGGGAGGUAUGUUCUGUUCUCAGGUGGUGUCUCAAAGAGAGCCAAGUGCAGGAAGGUCUGCUAUUGUGUGCCUUUGGUGCGAGUCUCUGUUUAGAAUGACUUUUGUUAAGAAAAUUUUAAAAAGUCUUAUAGAAUAUGAUACUGAUUCUGUAAGAAGAUAUAUAGGUAGGAUAAAUAUUAUGCACUGAUAAUUGCCUUUUUUCACAGGAUUUAGCAUAACAUUUGGUUCAUGGAGGAAAAAGUAUUGGUCAGUUAUUCAUCAUACAUGUUGAAAAGGAGCAUGUAGAAGUGGGUAUUGCCUGCACCAGAUUUUUACAUUAGCAGACCUCAAAAUUUUAUGAAGAGUGUCACUUCCAGCUUGUGUAGGUGCUAAGUUUGUCUUUUAUACAAUCCAUGUAUUCAUUAUGUCACUCACCUCAUGAACCUACCCAAAAACCCAACACUGGGUACUUGAUCUCAGUUGCCACACACAUUACAUCAGUUGCUUUCAAUUAGCCUUGUCGAGGCUAUUAUAAAAGAGUUACUGCUUUCUUUCUCUGUAUCAACAAUAGUUCUGUGGUUUUGUUUACCAAGUAUUAUUAUCAUGUACAUAGGUUCAUGCCAAAUUGUAUAUUUCUUUUCUUUUUUUGUUUGAUUAUAGAAUCCUCUUCAUUAAAUGUGCUUUGUUAUAACUUUUAAGAUUAUUUCACCUGUAGAGAUGCUAACCUAAGGGAUAAACAGUAAUAGUAAGCUCACAAAAAUUUACAAUUGCACCAGGGGGAGAUUCACUGUUUCUUCCAUACACUUUUUGCAUACCGGUACUGUUUUCCUGACGGUGACUCUCCUGUGCUGAGUGUGCCUCCUUGGGGCAAAUACAGAGGACAAAUUGGUAAUAUAUUCUAUGUGCCCUGUGCCAUAAGGCUACAUAAUAUAUGGAUGAUCUAGGUUGUCUUUGUUUGUAUGACUAUUUUCCUCAUAUUGAAUUGUCAUGUCACUUAUUUUCGAUUACAUUUUUUCAUCAUCACUUUUUGUGUGUAAAUAAAGUCAGUGUCCAUUGAUGCUAGGAAUUCUAACCAGUGGUAAAUCACUUGUUUCUUAUGUCGCCUUUAUAUGAAGACAUUACUGAUUUGUGCCUCAAUUUACCAGUGUACCUGUGUUAGUUUAGCUGCACUGCUCUUGGUAUUAAAGAAUACCUUGAAGGCUU